GCAAAAGAAUCAGAAUUUUCGUUCCCGUUGUUUACGCGAAGCUCUGAAACUGAUAUUUGUUUAGAUUCGUUCGGUAUACGAUGUUUUGUUUUUGUCAUCGUCAUUCCAGACUUAAAUUCCUGAGUGAUAUAGUCUUGUUUCUUAAGUGAAGACAAUAGCUUCCAUGGUAUUAUAUUCAUGUUCGGGUGCUUAGAAGUGAAUCAUUCUUACAAUACAAAAAAAUGUUUGACAGACCGAGGUGUCGUGACUGGAGUCCCCUUUCGACGCAACAACUUCGCUUGCGGAGUUUAAUUCAAAUAUCGGGACAUAACAUCCGAUGCGAUUAUCCAAAAUGUUCCGUUUAUUUCACGUUGCACACAACCACCAUGUCAGCCCCGUUUUAUACGAGCGAAAAAAUGGAUAUCCAUACCAACAUAAUAUGGCCGGAGAUUAACUGCCCCAUGAUGGUGAAAUCGUCUAUGCGAUGCGUGUGCAUCCGCGUAUGGCAACAAACAGCAUCAGCCUCAGAUGGAUUACUGACCAAGACGGAUGGUCCAGUUGGCGGCGCUGGUGCAGGAGACAAGCAACUGUUCUUUUGGGGGGUGUAUUUUUCUGGUUUGGUUCCACUUUCCAGGCGCAGCGAGAAACGAUUGAAGGAAAAUACAUUGGUUUUCCAAAUGCACGGAGGAUUUUUCACUUCGGCGGAUUAUAUAUUAGAACAUGAUGAGCGGAAAGCUCAGUUUUCUGUGCCUCAAUCGAAAACACCAAACGCUGACAGUGACAGCCCGAAAAUAAGCUUACUUUCCGAAAAUAAGGAUCUUCUCUGUGAUAAUAGUAAUAAUCGACCUCCCAGUUGGUACUCUUCGAAUAGUUUGCUUAAUGUAGAAAGUAAGACAUCAAAACACGUUAACGACGGGUCUUCAGUUUCAACAUCAUUCAACUUGCUAGACUUCGAUGGUCGCAGUUCCGUACGUACAACGGCCAGUCCGACGCCAACGGAAGCUGAAACCAAUCUAAAAAUUCGAUAUUUGUUCAUGGAAUUUUUCAAAUCGGAGGUUAGACCUAGCUACGAUGUGAAACGUUUAUUAGCUAUCCAAGAGCGCCAGCGUCGAAUUAAAUAUGAAAGCGAAAGUGCGAAAGAACUAACCGAUCGUAUUUGCAUGAAAAGCGUGUAUUGUCUCAAUUUGGAACUGUUCAGUGAUAAGCGAUUAGUUUAUCGUUCCGCCGCAUCAUCCCAUCAGAAUCGAGGGGGUAUGGGCAGGCAACUGAGCCGAUUAUUGUACCAGGAGCAAGAACCUUUGAAGCCGGAAAUGCUAUUGAAAGCGCAGGAUCUGCGUCGGCGAAUUGAGCUGGCUCGUUUCCGAUGUCGAAUUUUAGUGCAAGAGAAGGAACGUGUAAAAGGCUGCAUACGGCAGUUGCGGCAGAAACUCAAUCACAUUACAGAUAUCAACAUCGAGAGUGAGUCGACACUAAUGGCACAGUAUCGGAACUAUGGCAAAGAGAAGGAGGGCUUGUAUCAGCAGAAGCUUGCGUACGCUAGCGAGAAGGAAAGCUAUCGAGAUCUCAAGGCAAAAGUGCUGGUGGCUAGACAUCGGGUGCUAAGAGGAUUGAAUGAGAUUUAUUGCAUACAGAAAAAUAACAACGGUACAUGUACGAUUAAUGAUAUUACUCUGCCCAAUGCUGAGUCCUACACGGAUGCAACGCCUGCGCUAGCACUCAGUGUAGCAUUAGGAUACGUAGCACACACUGUGAUGAUGUGUUCAUCGAUACUGAAUAUCCCUCUAAGGAACCCAAUUAAAUAUGAGGGAUCUCGUUCGAAAAUGAUCGAUUGUGUUAAGGUUUUGCCAACGACAGAUCGAGAAUUCCCGCUCUACUGUCGCUCGGGACCACCAACUAAUGCCCUGUUAUAUGCAGUGUUCCUCCUCAACCAAAACAUUUCACAGAUAAAAUAUUAUCUCUGCCUCAGCCGUGGCGAUCCACGAGCAACCCUAUCCAAUCUUCACGAUAUUCUGAAUGUGCCCUCGAUCAACGUUCUGAAUAGAGAUGUAGAGGAUCCUUUCCAGGCCAUUCAAACGGCUAUGUCGGGCUCGUCAUCCGUAGAUCUGAACGUACCGAUUGCCUUCAACCAGCUCACGAUUACGAAUUUAAGACCUAGCAAAUCAGCUUCGAGGAUAUCGCGAUCAGUCGACAAUUACGCCGAAACGACCGACGGGAAGCGCAAAGGAAAGUUUGCUUCGGAUCCCAUUUUAGCCCAAGGACAACUACAAGUGACUGGUUUUGAUAAGAACAAAAACUUUUAGUUGAAUGCACGGUUUAUCGAGGCGCUUUAAAAAAAUUUGGGCCAAUUGUAAAUGUUUGUGAACGCAUCAGUGGGUAAAGUGUUAUCGAAUUUAUUUAUGGGAACUAUUUAUUCGAAAACAAGCAUUCAAAAUUUUGGAAGGUUAUGUAAAUAUGGAGAUGUAUUAAAUAUAAAAAAAUGACAAAUCGGCGUUCA